AUGAGGGCUACAGUUGUCCUCGUCACAUUGCUCGCCAAACUCGGACUGGCGCUGAUGAUACCAGACCAAAAUAUACAACCAAGAUUGCAUCCUAGAGCCAGAGGUUUAGCGUCCGCCGGUAAAGCGCUCAGUAAAGGCUUCAAAAUGGUUCAUGCUUUAGCUGUGGGAAGCUCUCCCGGUGUGAAGCAAGUCAUGACGCAAAGUGAUUGUUUUGGUUGGUGGGACUAUAUCAAGAUUCAAUGUGUAAACGAUUGGCCCCAGUCGAAAAAAGACGAAUGGAGGAAACAAAAGAAAGAAGAAAAAGAAAGGAAAGCCUGCGAAGCCCAAAACGAGGAAGAGGCACAGGAGUCCCUAGACAACUACCACAGAGAAGAGUUUUACAAAGACCUCAAGAACGGUAGAUUUUCGAUUUAUCACAAAAGAUGGAAAGAUUGCAGCAAACCUAAUCCCGAUGCUACCGCCGAGGAGACUAGUCAAAGUAACUCGCAGGCCGACUCGACAAUCGAAAACGACAAACCCCAGGAAACCGCUCAGGAAAUUGGUCAACCAGAACAUACUAAGCCUGCCGAGAGGACCUGUGCAGAUAAUAAAUAUUAUUAUUACGAAUGUAGAGACUGUCCCGUCUACACUAACCAAUACUGGGACUUUGAUGCAAACAAAUGCAUGACUCUACCGAAUCCUCCCCGAAAUGAUUCUCCCAAAGACUCAUGUUUGCAAAUCUCGAAGAACGGUUUGGCAGUCAACAACAAAGAUGUUUGCAAUUACCAAUCUUUUUGCGACAUGAGCACAUUAGUCCAUUUCGACUAUAGAGGCUUCUCGUGCAAGCCCGCGAAUGGCAUGUUGAAUCCCUGCAAACCGGGGGAGAUCUGGAUGGAGAAUGGAGGAGGGUCAAGCAUUUGCCACAUGCCACCUGCAGAUGGAUCGGGUCGCGAGUUGACUUUGGAGGGCAUUCAGGAAUCUCAUUGUCCUAAUCCCAGUCAGCAGCGGGUUGGUGGCCGUCGCCAAAUGCGAGAUCCAACUGCCGGAGUCGCCUUGUGCGACGAGACAUUUGCUCCAAGCGGUAACCCGUGCCCAGAAGGCAAGGCGUGGGUGGUCAAAGGUGGUCACAAUUAUUGCCUCGUGGAUCCUGGUCAGGGUAGAGUCACCUUUUUCACUUGA